AUGCCGUACGUGGAUUUAGUCGCAGUUGGUGACCGCGUCCGCGUCUCAACACCGGUGUCCGCAGAGAACAAUGGGUACAUUGAGGAAUGCCUCCCCCGCGAAACCCAGUUUGGACGUAUCCGCAUGGACGGUUGGCGGCAAGUCAUCGUCGCUAACCUUGAGAUGUUGCUCAUCAUUUUUGCUGCCCGGCAUCCGACGCUCAAACUGCGGAUGCUUGAUCGGUUCCUCGUUACAGCAGAGGCAUCUGAUGUUGAACCCGUUAUCUGUAUCAACAAAAUGGAUUUGGCAAAAUUGGAGAAUGUACAGCGCGAACUGAAAUUAUAUGAAGAAUUAGGUUAUAAAGUGGUUUAUACUAGUAUCGUUACGGGUCUCGGUGUUGAUGGAUUACGGGAAGUGAUGCAGGAUAAGAUUUCAGCGAUUGUAGGUUCAUCAGGGGUUGGAAAGUCAUCUCUCCUGAAUGCAUUGCAACCAGGGCUCCAAUUGCGCACAGGUGAGGUGGACACGCGUGUCCACAAAGGACGGCAUACGACAACGGAAGUCAUGCUGUUACCGCUUGCGUUCGGUGGGUUUGUAGCGGAUACACCCGGCAUUCGGACACUUGGUUUGCUUGAAGUUGAUGAUGAACAGGGAAUGGAUAUCCAUUUUCCUGAGAUGCGACCUUAUAUUCCAGACUGCAAAUUUGCCGCGUGUACGCACCAACACGAACCCGCAUGUGCUGUCAAGUGGGCAGUUGAAACUGGUAAUAUCAAUCCACUCCGAUAUGAGAGUUACCUCCGGAUCUCUGGAUUCAAGGAAGGGAGAUAUGAACGAAACACAGAUAAGAGAAGAGCGGAGCGAAACCCGAGACGACGCAAACGCUGA